CCUCUAGUGGCAUGUCCAAAGACAUUGGCUUGCGGCAGGCAACACUCAAGCAGCCGUCUGUAGCAGUACAGGAAAAUAUAACACUACCCAAGAUUCAGAGUAUACACAAAAGGGUUAAACAGCAACAAGAGCAGCGCCGCAUGAUAAUGGCAUCUGACGCAAUGGAGGCUUACAGAAGGAGCAAAGAAAAACCUGUAUCCCGUUUGUCACCAGAGCCACAGUUUCCACCAUCUAUGCAGAGUGACAAACGGAAGAAAUGGAUGACAUACAUGUCCCUGAGGCAGUGUGUGUUAAACAGGGACUUUGCCCCCAUACAACAGCAGUGGUUAGACUGUAUUGUGGCUCGGGUUGGGCUUCAUCUUACAAGGACUCCUGAAAGGAAGAAACUACUGCAGCAGCUCCUCACUGAAGUCAGCGAUAACUUCCUCAAUGGAAUCACCAAUCACACAGUGAACAGUAUGCUGAAGGAUAUUGAGAAAAACAAUGGUACCUUGGAAAAGCAGGAAGCUGUCAGACCAAAACUUUUUGAUUUCUCUCAACAUUGGAAUAAAAUCUUUGUCAGAAACCGCAAGAAAAUACAAGCAAAUUUGCACAUUCUGCAUCCAGUAAUGCAAACUAUCUUGGAUAUUGGGUACAUGACAUUUUCUUCACUGGUUGUGGUUGAUUUGUCAGUUUGCAGAUCUUUAGGACCAAUAGAUUGUAAGAGCCUACAGAACAAACUGGCUGCAGAGUGCAAGAAGACAGAAGACCAGAUCAUGAGUAACUGGUUUCCCAAAGUUAUUCACUUAUUAACCAGUGCUCAAAUCCUGCAACAAUAUAAAGAUGAGCAACUGAAGUCCUUCUUUAACUGUGCAUCUACACUGAUCUCUAAUCAGUUGAAAUAUCUGCUUCAUAUAAGUGUAGAGGAGUUUGUUGGCCUUUUUAAUCCAAGCAAUGAGUACCUCUUGCCAAUCUUUUCCAUGGCCUUGACAUUUGACAAUGAAAAGAUGGAAAUUUAUCCCACCUUUCAAGACCUUAAAGCAGCUGUUUUGGCUAUUCUUGAUGCCAUUACAAAUACUCUGCAGAAUGUACAGACACCCCAGUCAUGGAUGGCUGAGGACACCAAUUCAUUUGUUGAUGCUAAAGUGGCCGGUCACACACUUGAUUGGGCUCUGGUCACUGUAAAGACUGCAUUGUGCAAAAACCUAGAAGAGACCGAAAACUACUUCCAAAAUUAUGUUGACACAUAUAAUUGGAUAGCUAAUGGAACAGCACAGGCUCAAGUAGACAAAUUCAUGGAAGAGGAUCACUCAUUUGAUGAGUACACUGAGCAAAUAGAUGGGUUUCAGGCUCUGUCAAUAGAGAUUAUGAACCUCCCACCAAAGGCCUAUUUUACAAUGGUCCAUCUGGACUGUGACGAACUGAAACAGGGGUUGUCCAAUAAAGCAAAAAACUUUGCAGAAACACUCUUGAAGAUCGUAGUCACCAAGCACCAUGAGCAAAAUCAACAGAUUUGUUCUGAUUUUGAAUCCAUUCAAGAAAAAGCGCUAACUGUGCCAGAGAAUGCAGAUGAUUUGGCUCAGAUGAUCAAAUAUAUCAGUUCCACAAAGUCAAAGGCCAUUGCAGAACUUAACAAAAAAAUAAUGGAAUCCAUCCACAGACUGAAGUAUUUAAUGGAUGUACACAUUUUUGAGCCAGAUGAUCUUGAACUGAAUUCAGCUGUGUUUCUCUGGCCAAAGAACAUCUUGCAUGUCUUUGAACAGAGUGAUGAGGUGUUGGCAGUCGCCAAGAUAAAAGGGCAGCAGGACCUGCUUGUCAAAAGAGAAAAAGUGAUGGUAGACCUGGAGAAAAUGGGGCGCCUAACUGAGGAGUUCACACACAACUCUGAGCUGGAUAUGAUGCAGCAGUACAUGGCGGAUGUCAAAACAGUUCACAAACUGCUUCAGCAUGCCGAGGAUGCAAUUAUCUCUAUAAAUAAAGAAGAGGCCCUUUACAAAUGGGACCAAACAUUUUACCCAGAAGUUGAGAUGUUGAGAGAAACUAUUGAACCCUACCAAAAGCUGUUUCAACUUGCACUGAAGUGGCAGAACACAGAGAAGAAAUGGAUGGAUGGUUCCUUCAAGGACCUGAAUGGUGAGGGCAUGGAACUAGAGCUAGAGGAGUUUUUUCGGGAGCUCUACAAGAUGCAAAAGUUUUUCCAACAGAAACAGAAUAAGGCUGCACAAAUGAUGGAGAAAUCCAAGCAGCAUUCUGGUAGAGAUGAUUCAAGCAAGCAGGAGAGUCCCACUGUAAUUUUGUGCUCUGCAGUAUUGGAGCAGCUCAAAAAGUUCAAGGAACACAUUCCUGUUGUGUCCAUUGUGUGUAAUCCAGGUAUCCAAGCGCGUCACUGGAAGCAGAUGUCAGACAUUGUGGGGUAUGACCUCACUCCUGACUCUUGUACCACACUGCGGAAAUUUGUGAAACAAAACUUCUCUCUUUACCUGGAACAGUUUGAGUCCAUCAGUGCUGCUGCGAGCAAAGAGUUUUCCUUGGAGAAGGCAAUGCAGUCUAUGGUGAAUAUCUGGCAUGGCAUUUCUUUCUGCCAUCAGCCUUACAGGGAGACGGGAGUGUCUAUCCUAACUGCACUGGAUGAAGUGCAGACCAUGCUAGAUGAUCAGAUUGUAAAGACUCAAACCAUGAGGGGUUCACCCUUCAUCAAGCCCUUAGAAAAAAAGAUCAAGCUAUGGGAGGAGCGUCUGAUCCAUAUCCAGGAAACCAUUGAUGAGUGGCUGAAGGUGCAGGCACAGUGGCUUUAUUUGGAGCCAAUCUUCUCUUCUCAGGAUAUCAUGCAGCAGAUUCCAGAAGAGGGUCAACUUUUUCAAACUGUUGACAAACACUGGAAAUGGGUCAUGAGGCACUGUGUCAAGAACCCCAAGGUUUUGGAGGUAACCUCAUUGCCAGGUUUGCUUGAACAACUGCAAGAAUCCAACAACUUUCUUGAUAACAUCAUGAAAGGACUAAAUGCCUAUCUGGAGAAGAAGCGUCUCUUCUUUCCACGGUUUUUCUUCUUGUCGAAUGAUGAAAUGCUGGAGAUUCUCUCUGAAACCAAGGACCCACUGCAAGUGCAACCUCAUUUGAAGAAGUGCUUUGAAGGCAUUUUCAAACUGGACUUCUUACCAGAUCUGAGUAUUCAGGCCAUGUAUAGUAGUGAAGGGGAGCGUGUUCAGCUCAUCGAGAAGGUCUCUACGUCAGAUGCCAAGGGAGCUGUUGAGAAGUGGUUGCUACAGGUGGAGGAUGUGAUGAUUCGCAGUGUUAGAGAUGUAGUGGCCCGUUCCAGAGUGGCCUAUGGUGAAAUCCCACGAAGCCAGUGGGUUAAGGAGUGGCCUGGACAGGUAGUACUCUGCACAUCUCAAAUUUUCUGGACAUUGGAGGUGCAUGAAGCCAUUGGAGCAGGACCUAAUGGUUUAACGAACUACUAUCAGCAACUUCAAAAUCAGUUGAAGGACAUUGUGGAGCUGGUUCGAGGAAAGCUGCCCAAACAAACAAGGAUCACACUGGGAGCACUGGUGACAAUUGAUGUCCAUGCUCGGGAUGUUGUCAUGGAGCUUAUUGAGAAAGGCGUAUCAGCUGAAACAGACUUCCAGUGGCUAGCUCAGCUCCGUUACUACUGGAAUAAUGACAAUGUUCGUGUUCGCAUUAUUAACUGUGAUGUCAAGUAUGCUUAUGAAUACCUUGGGAACUCACCACGUCUGGUGAUCACCCCACUUACUGACAGAUGUUACAGAACCCUGAUCGGGGCUUUUUAUCUUAAUUUGGGUGGUGCUCCAGAGGGUCCUGCUGGAACAGGGAAAACUGAGACCACCAAAGAUCUGGCCAAAGCUCUUGCUGUCCAGUGUGUGGUCUUCAACUGUUCUGAUGGACUGGAUUACCUUGCAAUGGGAAAGUUUUUCAAAGGUCUGGCAUCAUCUGGCGCCUGGGCUUGUUUUGAUGAAUUCAAUCGCAUUGAACUGGAAGUGCUGUCUGUAGUGGCCCAGCAGGUUCUCUGCAUCCAGAGAGCCAUUGAGCAGAAGUUGCAGUACUUUGACUUUGAAGGGACCACACUCAAGCUUAAUCCUAACUGCUUUGUGUCUAUAACAAUGAACCCUGGCUAUGCAGGGCGCUCUGAACUCCCGGAUAACCUCAAAGUCUUAUUCCGAACAGUGGCCAUGAUGGUCCCUAACUAUGCACUGAUUGCCGAGAUCUCUCUGUACUCCUGUGGAUUUCUCAAUGCCAAACCCCUGUCAGUCAAGAUUGUGAUGACUUACAGACUCUGUUCAGAGCAGCUGUCCUCCCAGUUUCAUUAUGAUUAUGGUAUGAGGGCUGUGAAAGCUGUGCUUGUGGCUGCAGGACACCUCAAGCUAAAGUUUCCUGAUGAGAAUGAGGACAUACUGCUCCUCCGGUCCAUAAAAGAUGUUAAUGAGCCCAAAUUUCUUUCCCAUGAUAUUCCACUCUUUAAUGGAAUAACCAGCGAUUUGUUCCCAGGAAUCAAUCUUCCUGAGGCUGACUAUCAGUUGUUCCUGGAAGCUGCUACAGAGUGCUGUAAAAGUCACAAUGUACAACCAACGCAGGUUUUCUUAGCGAAGAUGAUUCAGACAUAUGAGAUGAUGAUUGUCAGACAUGGGUUCAUGUUGGUGGGGGAGCCGUUUGCUGGCAAGACAAAGGUGCUCCAUGUUUUAGCUGACACAUUGACUCUCAUGAACAAGAAAGGGUAUGGCGAGGAAGAGAAGGUUGUCUUCAGAACAUUAAAUCCAAAGUCCAUCACAAUGGGCCAGCUUUUUGGACAGUUUGAUCUCGUUUCCCAUGAGUGGACAGACGGGAUUGUGGCUAAUACAUUCCGUGAGUUUGCAUCAGCAGAUACACCACACCGCAAAUGGGUGGUGUUUGAUGGUCCCAUAGAUACACUAUGGAUUGAGAGCAUGAACACUGUGCUGGAUGACAACAAAAAGUUAUGCUUGAUGAGUGGUGAGAUCAUCCAGAUGUCCAGCCAGAUGAGUCUGAUUUUUGAAGCCAUGGAUCUAUCACAAGCCUCACCUGCCACUGUCAGUCGAUGUGGUAUGAUCUACAUGGAACCAUCUCAGUUGGGCUGGGAGCCCUUGGUGAUAGCCUGGAUAAACACCCUUCCAGAUGUUCUGCAGAACUCAGACAAUCGCACCCUGCUGCUGGAACUUUUCCACUGGCUCCUGCCACCUGCCCACAGAAUGCUGCGUAAGCACUGCACGGAAGUGGUUUCCACUAGUAACAGUAACACUGUGGUGUCCUUGUGUCGACUGUUUGAGAUACUGCUUGCUGAACCUUUAGAGACUGACCCUCAGAGUGAAAAUGUACGCACAUGGAUCAUGGCAGCUUUUGGUUUUGCCAUGGUUUGGUCUGUGGGUGGCAGUUGUGACACAGACAGCAGAGAGAAGUUUAACAACUUCUUCAGGGAGAUUGUGUCAGGAAAAACAGAAAGCCAUCCAGUCCCUGACACAGUGGGGAGAUGGGAGUGUCCAAUGGCUGAAAACGGCCUGGUUUAUGAUUAUUCUUAUGAGUUUAAAGGAAAAGGCCGCUGGAUUCAUUGGAAUGAUUCCAUUAAGAUUGAUAGUCUGGGGGACAAAUCAACCAAACUACAAGACAUCAUUGUUCCCACAAUAGAUACUGUUCGGUACUCCUACCUCAUGGAUCUCUGCAUCAGCUAUGGAUUGCCUCUGCUGUUUGUUGGCCCUACUGGCACUGGGAAGUCUGUGUAUGUGAAGGAGAAAUUAAUGAACAACUUGGACAAAGACCGCUAUCUACCCUUCUUCAUUAAUUUUUCAGCCCGCACCAGUGCCAACCAAACACAGAACAUCAUUAUGUCCAGACUUGAUAAGAGGAGAAAGGGAAUUUUUGGGCCUCCUAUGGGAAAGAAGUGUGUUAUUUUUGUGGAUGACAUGAACAUGGCUGCACUGGAGCAGUUUGGAGCACAGCCCCCCGUGGAGCUUCUUCGUCAGUGCAUAGACCAUGGACACUGGUAUGACUUGAAAGAUACCUCUAAGAUUACACUUGUUGACCUCCAGUUUAUCUCAGCUAUGGGUCCCCCUGGUGGUGGAAGAAAUGCUGUAACAUCUCGCUUUCUGCGGCACUUCAAUGUUGUUAGCAUUAAUGCCUUCAGUGAUGACACAAUGGUUCGCAUUUUCUCAAGCAUUUUGGCCUGCCAUCUCAAAACCAAUCAGUUUCUACCUGAAUAUUUCACUGUGGGAAAUCAAAUGGUGACAGCUACUAUGGAAGUGUAUAAGAAGGCCAUGCAGAAACUACUUCCUACUCCAGCCAAGUCUCACUACACCUUCAAUCUGCGGGACUUCUCACGUGUUAUCCAAGGCUGUGUACUGUUCAAGAAAGAGUCUCUGGAGAGCAAACAUACAAUGAUAUGCUUGUUUGUGCAUGAGGUGUUCCGUGUCUUUUAUGACCGUCUGGUGGAUGACAAAGACCGUACAUGGCUGUACCAACUAAUGAAGAACAUCCUCCAAGACCAUUUCAAGGAGUCUUUUGACAAGGUGUUUGACCAUCUGAAGAAAGGCAGUGAACUGGUUGAGGAAGACAUGCGGAACCUUCUGUUUGGUGACUACAUGCAUCCUGACCAGUCAGAUGGUGAACGACUGUAUGCUGAAGUGUCCUCUGUAGAAAGCUUUGCUCAAGUAGUGGAGUUGUGUCUUGAGGAAUACAACCAGAUGCACAAGAAUCGCAUGGACCUUGUAAUCUUCCGCUAUGUUCUCGAGCACCUGUCCCGAAUCAGUCGUAUAUUGAAGCAACCAGGAGGUAAUGCACUUUUGGUGGGAGUGGGAGGCAGCGGACGCCAGUCUAUGACCCGACUGGCCACAUCAAUGGCCCAUAUGGCCAUAUUCCAGCCAGAGAUUACGAAAAGCUAUGGCAUGACAGAGUGGAGAGAUGACCUCAAAAUGUUGUUGAAGAAAGCUGGAAUGAAAGGUGAGAAGACAGUGUUUUUGCUAACUGAUGCGCAGAUCAAAGAUGAGGCUUUUCUUGAAGAUGUGGACAGUGUCCUGAACACGGGAGAGGUGCCCAAUCUCUUUGCUGUUGAUGAGAAACAAGAAAUACUGGAGACUGUUCGUCCCAUUGCUCAGGGUGGUGAUAAGAAUUUGGAGUUGAGCCCUUUGGCUCUGUUUGCCUUCUUUGUGGCACGCUGUAGGGAGAACUUACAUAUUGUUGUUGCCUUCAGUCCCAUCGGGGAUGCAUUUCGAAAUCGCCUGCGUCAGUUUCCAUCUCUGGUCAACUGCUGUACUAUUGACUGGUUUCAGCCAUGGCCAGAGGAGGCUCUUGAGCGUGUAGCCAACUCCUUCCUAGGGGCGCUGGAGAUGAGUGAAAAUGAAAGGCAGGAGGUCAUAUCAGUUUGCAAAAUAUUUCAUACCUCUGCCCAACAGCUAUCAAAAAAAUUUCUUUCUGAGCUUGGUCGACAUAACUAUGUGACACCCACCUCUUACUUGGAGCUGAUUGCAGCUUUCUGCCAGCUCCUCACCCAGAAAAGAGAUGCUGUCAUGAAAGCAAAACUGAGGUAUUCCAAUGGCCUGGAUAAACUUGCCUUCGCCGAAUCUCAGGUGGAGCAGAUGAAGAAGGAGCAGAUGGAGCUCCAGCCGAAGCUGGAACAGUCAAAGAUAGAAAAUGCUGAAAUGAUGAAGGUGAUUGAAGUGGAGUCUGUGGAGGUCGAAGCCAAGAGAAAAGUUGUGAGUGUUGAAGAGGAAGCAGCAACUGUACAAGCCCGUGAGGCUGAGGCUCUGAAGAAUGAGUGUGAAAGUGACUUGGCUGGAGCCAUACCCGCCCUGGAGGCUUCGCUGAAAGCCUUGGACACCUUGAAGCCUAGUGAUAUCACCAUUGUGAAGUCAAUGAAACAUCCUCCCUCAGGUGUGAAGCUGGUGAUGGCAGCUGUGUGUGUGAUGAAGGAGAUUAAGCCAGAAAAAGUAGCUGACCCCACUGGAACUGGAAAAAAGAUUUUUGACUACUGGGGUCCAAGCAAGAAACUCCUGGGUGACAUGAACUUUUUACGAGACCUUAAGGAAUAUGACAAGGACAAUAUUCCUGUCCCAGUGAUGCAAAAAAUCCGGAGUGAGUACCUGACUAAUCCUGACUUUGACCCAGAUUGUGUGGCAAAGGCCUCUGGUGCGGCUGAGGGUCUGUGCAAGUGGAUCCAAGCAAUGGAGUCAUAUGACCGUGUGGCAAAGGUGGUGGCUCCAAAGAAAGCCAAACUAGCAGAAGCAGAGACAUCUCUUGCUGCCACCACAGCUCUAUUGGAACAGAAGAAAGCCAUGCUGAAGGAGUGUGUGGACCGUGUCGAAGACCUUCAACGAACCUACAAGGAGAUGACAGAGAAGCAGGCCCAGUUAGAGUUUGCCGUAGACAUGUGUGCCAAGAAGUUGGAGAGAGCAGAGAAACUCAUUGGUGGCCUGGGAGGAGAGAAGACCAGAUGGUCUAAGUCAGCAGAAGAGCUGCAGAACACAUAUGACAACUUGACUGGUGAUGUUCUUAUCUCUGCUGGUGUCAUCGCCUACCUUGGAGCAUUCACUGCUGGCUUCAGGCAAGACUGCAUCAAGUCAUGGACUAAGAUCUGCCAAUCUAAGAACAUCCCGUCAUCAGAUGACUUCUCUCUGAGUCAGACUUUGGGAGAUCCCAUUAAAAUUAGGGCUUGGAACAUUGCAGGUCUUCCCAGUGACAGUUUCUCCAUCGACAAUGGUGUCAUUGUCAGCAACUCUCGUAGAUGGCCUCUGAUGAUUGACCCCCAGGGUCAGGCCAACAAGUGGGUGAAGAAUUCAGAGAAAGACAACAAUCUAAGUGUGAUCAAGCUGACAGAUGGGGACUACAUGAGAACACUGGAAAACUGUAUUCAGUUUGGAUCCCCCUUACUUUUGGAAAAUGUAGGAGAGGAGCUUGACCCAUCACUGGAACCACUGUUGCUCAAACAAACAUUCAAACAAGGUGGCAUGGAAUGCAUCAGGCUGGGAGAGAGUGUGAUUGAGUACUCCUCCAAAUUUAGUUUCUACAUUACCACUAAACUGCGCAACCCCCACUACCUUCCAGAACUUGCAACCAAAGUGUCCCUGCUGAAUUUCAUGAUCACUCCUGAAGGCUUGGAGGACCAGCUGUUGGGAAUUGUGGUUGCCAAGGAAAGACCAGAGCUAGAGGAAGAAAGAAAUGUUCUGAUUCUUCAGUCAGCUGCCAAUAAGAAGCAUCUAAAGGAAAUUGAAGACCAGAUUCUAGAAACACUGCAGUCUUCUGAAGGAGAUAUCCUGGAGGAUGAGAGUGCUAUUCAGAUUCUUGACUCUGCUAAACUCAUGUCCAAUGAGAUUACUAUGAAACAACAGAUUGCAGAGGAAACUGAAAUCAAAAUAGCAGAAUCCAGAGAGGGUUAUAGGGUCGUUGCCAAACACUCCUCUAUCCUGUUCUUCACCAUUGCUGACCUGACAAUCAUAGAUCCCAUGUACCAGUACUCUCUCAGCUGGUUCGUCAACCUCUACAUUAACUCCAUCCAAGACAGCAACAAGUCCAAGAUCCUGGAGAGGAGGCUUCGAUACCUGACUGAUCACUUCACCUAUAACUUGUACUGCAAUGUGUGCCGCUCACUGUUUGAGAAGGACAAACUCCUCUUCUCCUUCCUGCUCUGUUGUAAUAUUCUCCUAGCUAAAGGACAGAUUGAAUAUGCUGAAUUUAUGUUCUUGUUGACUGGGGGAGUGGGACUGCAGAACAACAUUGUUAACCCUGACCCCAGCUGGCUGCAGGACAGGAGCUGGGAUGAGCUCUGUAGAGCCAGUGAACUGUCUGGGCUUCAGGGAAUAAAAAAGGCAUUCAUCAAGAGUGCAGAAGACUUCAAGCCUGUUUAUGACAGCAAAGAGCCAUGCAACACUGAGCUGCCAGCACCAUGGCAUGAACAACUCAAUGACCUGCAGAAGAUGAUUAUUGUUCGCUGUCUCAGGCCUGAUAAGAUUGUUCCGGCUGUCAUGAAAUAUGUGACAGAAAAUCUGGGAAAGAAAUUCGUACAACCUCCACCAUUUGACUUGAAUAAAAAUUACUUGGACUCGAAUGCAACCAUCCCACUUGUGUUUGUGCUUUCUCCAGGUGCUGACCCCAUGGCUAGUUUGCUGAAGUUUGCCGGUGACAAGAACGUGAUUGAUACAAAGUUCCAAUCCAUCUCUCUGGGGCAAGGCCAGGGGCCUAUCGCUGCUAAGAUGAUAUCUGCAGCCAUGAAGAAUGGGACUUGGGUGUGCUUGCAGAACUGCCACCUUGCUGUUUCUUGGAUGCCUACCUUAGAAAAAAUCUGUGAGGAUUUUAGUCCUGAAGUCUGCCACCCAGAUUUCCGCCUGUGGCUCACCAGCUACCCUUCAUCUAAGUUUCCAGUCACAAUCCUUCAGAAUGGGGUGAAGAUGACAAAUGAGCCUCCUACAGGACUCCGGCUUAACCUAUUGCAGUCUUACUUGUCAGAUCCGAUUUCUGACCCAAAAUUCUUCGGUAAUUGUCCUAAUAAAGAGGUGAUUUGGGAGAAGCUCCUCUAUGGAUUGUGCUUCUUCCAUGCUCUUGUUCAAGAAAGGAAGAAGUUUGGCCCACUAGGCUGGAAUAUUCCCUAUGGAUUCAAUGAAUCAGACCUACAUAUAAGCAUCAGACAACUACAGCUAUUUGUGAAUGGGUAUGACAAGGUACCCUUUGAGGCCAUAGUGUACCUGACAGGAGAGUGCAAUUAUGGUGGCCGUGUGACUGAUGACUGGGACAGACGUCUACUGAUGACCAUUCUGGGUGACUUCUACAACAAGGAUGUAAUUGAGAAACCUCACUACUCCUUCUCACCAAGUGGUGACUAUGUUGUCCCACCUAAAUCCAUCUACAAGGACUAUAUUGCAUUUAUUGAGGAACUUCCAGUCAUCCAACACCCAGAGGUGUUUGGGAUGCAUGAAAAUGUUGACAUUUCCAAAGAUCUGCAGCAGACCAAGCUCCUAUUUGACUCACUGCUGCUCACCCAAGGAGGAGGAGCCAAAGGAGGGGCUAUUUCUGGAGGUGACGGCACCCUGUAUGACAUAGCUAAUGACAUACUUACCAAGCUUCCAGCUAAUUUUGACACAGAGGCUGCACUCUUGAGCUUCCCAGUGCUGUAUGAGGAGAGUAUGAACACUGUGCUUGUCCAGGAGAUGGAGCGCUACAACAUGCUCUGUAGCACAGUCCGUCUGAGUCUGCAGAACCUGCUGAAGGCCAUUAAGGGUUUGGUGGUGAUGGAUGCCGAGCUUGAGGCAAUUGCAGGCAGUUUGGUCGUGGGCAAGGUCCCAGACAAAUGGGCCAAGCACUCUUACCCUUGUCUCAAGCCCUUAGGCAGCUAUAUUACUGACUUACUCUCAAGGCUCAUGUUCUUAAAGAAUUGGUACGACAAUGAGAAGCCAGCCGUGUUCUGGUUGUCUGGCUUCUUCUUCACUCAGGCCUUCCUAACUGGGGCUAUGCAGAACUAUGCCAGGAAAUAUCACAUCCCCAUUGACCUGUUAGGCUUUGAAUAUGAGAUUCUCCCCAUUGAUGAGUCAGACACAUCACCUGAAGACGGUGUUUACACUCAUGGUUUGUUUUUGGAUGGAGCCAGAUGGGACAAAGCUAGUGGAGUUCUGGCUGACCAACACCCCAAAGUUUUGUUUGAUUUGAUGCCCAUCAUCUGGAUAAAACCCACACAAAAGAAAAACACUGAUCAGGAUCAGAGCCUGUAUGUGUGCCCUCUGUACAAGACCAGUGAGAGGAAGGGAACGCUCUCUACAACAGGCCACUCCACCAAUUUUGUCAUUUCCAUGACAUUGCCCACCAGCAGGGGCCCUGAACACUGGGUCAAGCGGGGAGUGGCCAUGCUCUGUCAGCUUGAUGACUGAGCGUAUAUACACUUUAAGUGUGAAUUAUUU